GGGGCGGGCAGGCACGGGUCAGACUUGGCCGUGACUCUUCCCCCUUCCAGCUACGCCUUCUCCAGACCCGUCAUCCUGCAGGGACUCACAGACAACUCGAGGUUCCGGGCCCUGUGCUCCCGAGAAAGGCUGCUCGGCCUGUUUGGGGACAGCGUGGUACGGCUGAGCACUGCCAACACCUACUCCUACCGGAAAGUGGACCUGCCCUUCCGGGAGUAUGUGGAGCACCUGCUACACCCCCAGGACCCUACCUCCCUGGGCAACGACACCUUAUAUUUCUUUGGGGACAACAAUUUCAGCGAAUGGGCAUCGCUUUUCCAGCACUAUACCCCACCCCCAUUUAGUCUGUUGGGUACCACUGCUGCGUACAGUUUCGGAAUUGCAGCAGCCGGUUCCGGAGUGCCUUUCCACUGGCACGGGCCCGGGUUCUCAGAAGUGAUCUACGGCCGCAAGCGCUGGUUCCUGUAUCCCCCGGAGAAGACACCGGAGUUCCACCCCAACAAGACCACGCUGGCCUGGCUUCGGGAUGUGUAUCCGGCCCUGGCGCCAUCUGCGAAGCCCCUGGAGUGCACCGUCCAGGCUGGUGAGGUGCUGUACUUUCCUGACCGAUGGUGGCAUGCCACCCUCAACCUGGACACCAGUGUCUUCCUCUCUACCUUCCUCAGCUAACCACAGUGGGCGGCUGGUAGUCGGGGAUGUCUCGCUUCUGCGGCACAGGGAGUCGGGUCAGGCGCCGGGAAGGAGACGCUGCCCUGAGUCCUGCUACCACAGGGCAGAUGGCUUACCUUUCUCUUCUCGUCCACCUGGGAGAAGAGCUCGUCCAUGUCUGCCAAGUACUUGUCCUGCGAAGAAGCAAGCGGCCGCGCGUGGGCCAGACGCCCCAUCCCGCCCCCAGGCGCAGGCCCCUCCCACCACAGGCACGCGGAUGCGCACACACCCGCACGCGGGCCGGGGCGCCCUCACGUGCUUGGCCUCGAUGCAGGCCUGCUGGGCGCGGAUGUGGCCGUCGUCCUCGUCCCCCCCGUGGUUUCUCUGGCAUUCUUCCAGCUCCCUGGGGGUCGACCAGCAGCUAGUCAGAAAGGGGUCUGGCCAGGAGAGGCCACACUCCACCCCGACCUCGGGCUUGUUCAGAUUUCAUUUCCCUCCAUCUCCUCUUGCCCAUGUUGGCCUUCAAUAAACAUCUGUGUUCUUGA